GACGCCAAGUAUUCGAAUUGGGCUAGGGAGAGGAAAGGGUUGGAGAUGAUGAGGCCGCCGACGGCGACGGAGGUAUUGCUGUCGGAUGACGGGGAUCGGAUUCUUGAGGGCAGCAUUACGAAUUUCUUCGUUGUGCGCCGAAAGGAUGAGUGUUCAUAUGAAGUGCAAACUGCGCCUGUGAGUGACGGAGUACUCCCAGGAGUUAUACGACAGCUAGUGAUCAAGGCAUGUAACAGUCUAGGGAUCCCAUUCCGGGAAGUCGCGCCAUCAUGGGCUGAUCGUGAUCUUUGGAAAGAGGCAUUUAUUACAAGUAGCUUGAGGCUUGUGCAGCAUGUUGAGUCGAUCCAGGUUCCGACUUCCUGUGAAAAGUUGCACCUAAAAACUUGGAAGGAUGUAUCGUGGCUCGAGAAGAAAUUUGAGGGUGUUGGAUUCAUCACCACACAAAUACAGGAGGAGGUUGUAUCAAGGGCAAGAGCUGAAGGUUGUCCAAUUAGCAGUAUCAUUCGAUGAAUGCAACAUUCGCUCCUUUCACUUCAUCAGAACGCAUAUGCCUGUAUACUUGCCUAAGGAGAAAAGAGCAUUCAUGUGGGUGUGGGUUUUUUCCCCCUGGAUUUUGCUGGUGAAGAUCGUGUUUGCCUAUAUUUAGGCUAAGAAUAACUCUUUCGUAAAGAUGAGAGCUAGUUAUUGUAUGAAUAUAGCAGUCAUCUUAAUCUAUGAAUGGAGAUCUUCUAAGCUCAUGUACUGAAUAAACUUAUUAUAUUUCUUCAAUUUUAAUUGUUCAUAACAUUACUUGUUGAUCACAUAGUUAUUA